ACGCCGCUCGCUCAGUCCGUUUUUUUAUUUACCAAACGGCCUCAACUCUUUCGGAUUUUACCAUCUACCAGUACAAGAAGACGAGAGUCUUGCAUUGCCUUCAGAAAAAACAGCAGUGUGCUGGUUAAAGAAGUCGAUCUCACAGUAGUGUGUUGGGGAAAGAAGAAGAAUAGAAUAAGAACCAGGGAUACGAACGAUGAGAAGUGUGAAUAUGAGUAUACAUCUUUUAAUGGUGUGUUUAUGGGUUCUCUCCUCAUCCGCUCUUUCUGAUCUGAUCAUCUCCAAGGCCGAUCGAAAGAUUGAUUUGACAUCCCAGAUAGUCAGGAGCACUACUAUUUUGAAGAUAGAUAAUUCUGGUAAUGGCCCUGCAGCAGAGGUCUUGUUACCUUUUCCUGAUCACCAGGCAAAGAACUUGGCUUUCCUAAAGGUAACAACUAGUGAAGGGAAAGGGAAAACUAAAACACCUUCAGGUAGCCUCCCCGUAAAGGCUGUCAAUCCUGAUGGAAUGCCCACAUCACUGACUUGGUAUGCUGUAACUCUGCCAAAGGAACUAGUCAAGGGAGAGAGCUUAACUUUGGAGAUCGAGGCAGUUUUCACACAUUUAUUGCAGCCAUUCCCUGAAAAAAUUACCCAGGCUGACCUGCAGCUUUUUAUGUUUCAAGAUACUGCACAUUAUCUGUCUCCCUAUUCAGUUGACAUCCAAUCGCUCACUGUCAAGCUACCUGAGCCAGUGGUUGAAUCUUAUACCAAACUUGAAAAUACCAAAUUCUCUGGUUCUGAGCUUAAGUAUGGACCUUAUCAAAAUGCUAAUCCUUUUUCGUACCAGCCUAUAGUAGUUCACUUUGUUAGCAACAAGCCCUUUGCAGUUGCUGAGCAGUUGGUGCAAGAGAUAGAAAUCUCGCAUUGGGGAAAUGUGCAGGUAACAGAGCACUACACUCUUGUCCAUGCAGGUGCAUAUAGCACUGGAGAAUUUUCAAGGUUAGAUUACCAGACCCGGCCACAUAUUAGAGGGGCUUCUGCAUUUAGUAAUCUUGUAGCUAAGUUGCCACCAAGAGCUCAUUCCAUAUAUUAUCGAGAUGAAAUUGGGAAUAUUUCAACAUCUAAUUUAUGGAGUGACAAAAUGAAGACAUUGCUGGAAAUUGAACCUAGAUAUCCGAUGUUUGGUGGCUGGAAAACUUCUUUUACAAUCGGUUAUGGCCUGCCACUCCAAGAUUUUUUGUUCCGUUCUGAUGGGAAACGUUUCCUUAAUAUCUCUUUUGGUAGCCCAAUCAAUGAGGUGGUAAUUGACAAUCUCAUUGUUAAGGUUGUUUUACCUGAAGGAUCAGAUGAUAUUUAUGCUUCUGCUCCUUUUUCUUUCAAAAAGCUGAAAGAGACUAAAUUUUCCCAUUUAGAUAUGAUUGGUAGACCAGUGGUUGUUCUAGAAAAGAAAAAUGUUGUGCCUGAGCACAACCAGUACUUCCAGGUGUAUUACCGGUUCAACAGCUUCUCACUGCUUAGGGAACCAAUGAUGUUAAUUUCUGGAUUUUUCUUCUUUUUCCUCACAUGCAUAAUUUAUAUGCAUGCUGACUUGACAAUCUCAAAGUCUUCUGCUUCUUAUUUGGCAAAGAAGCAAUGGGAUGAGGUGCUGACUGUUAUUCAGGAAGCUGAGACCAUCAUAAGCUCUUGCUUGACUAUUCAUGAUAAACUAGAAUCAUCACUGCGUGAUCUCUCAAGGACAGGGGAUGUUCAAGCUUGCAAAGCUGCUCGAAAAGAAGCUGAGGGCACUUUGAAAGAGCUUUCCAAGGGCUUGAAGCCUUUACUGUCAUCACUGCAGUCCUUCCCACUGGCUGCUUCAAUCUGCCCCAAGGUUGAAGAGCUGGUGAAGAAGGAAACAGAACUCCAAGAGAAACUGGCACUGAAGCAUUCGCUAGUCAUAGAUUGUUAUGAGAAAAAGUCAGGGGGGCAUGACAUCGAAAAACGUGUUGCUCAAAUCCAGGAAAGAAUUACAUCCUUGCGGCAGGAAGUUGAUGAUCUUCUUGAAAUAAUCAAUGAGAUAUAGUUUGCAUACUUGUCAUUUUUCUUGACCUCCAACAAACUUAUUGAACUUUUUCUUGUCGAAUAGUUGGAUUUAAAUUUUGAUGUGAUGCAAUAGAGAGACUUUUUUUAGUAGCCCCGACCUUUCUUCGCAAUGAGCCUUUUUGGUUCUCUUUUCAAUGUGCUUGCCUGCUUGAACUUGAAUACAUACUUCAUAGAUGUUUUCCUGUGUCCGUACU